AUGAUCAAUUGGUUCGAUGGUAAUUCCACUACGUUUUGGCUAAUGGCCGCCAGCGUUAUGGCUUUCUUGGUGUCGUCGAUGAUGGCUUGCGGAAAGGUGGGAAUUGAUUACAGUAGGAAAGAGUUAGGCCGGGUUUUUCCUGGCGAAAAUUUGGGCUUAACUAAUGAAGAAUCAAAUUUUUUUUGUUUUCUUGGCUAGCUAAGUUUGCAAUGGCCAUUCCAGCCUCACGAGUUAUAAGAUUAUUCCUUACUGACUCAGCUUCCAAGCAAAUUAUUUUCAGAAAAACUCCGGUGGUCGAACUGGAGACAAGAAUGCCGCCAACAACCCGAAAGUAAAGCAACCCAAGGUCUGGCCCAAGAAUGAGAAGGAGCAAAAGAUCGCAAAAGGAGAACUCAAGAAGGGCCGCAAUGAUUACCCAACGGUAAGUCUGUCAGUGAAACUGUUUGUUCAUAGGAUGAUAAAGAGGUCAGCUUCCAUAAACAUACCUCUAAUCUUUUAUAUUUCAGAUGGACGACGUUGUAAGUGACUGGUCAUCCGAAGAGGAAGAAGAAGACGGAAAGAAGAAGAAACCAAAGGAGAAGAAAAAGAAGCCCACAAAGGAAGAGGGUAAGAGCAAGAGCAAAAGCCCGUCGGCCGCAAAGCCUCACAAUUCCAAGGAAUAA